UUAAAAUAAGACCUGUUAGUAAAUUGAAAGAUAAUGAGACCCCUUUCUGACCCUUUCUUUCUAUCUCUAUCUCUGUUUCUUUCUCUCUCUAGGUUCAUUUAAACUUGGGGAAAACAAGAUGACAGACCUCUUAAGAAGUGUUGUCACUGUCAUUGAUAUAUUCUACAAAUACACCAAGCAAGAUGGAGAAUGUGGCACACUGAGCAAGGAUGAGCUAAAGGAACUUCUGGAGAAAGAGUUUCGUCCAAUUUUGAAGAAUCCAGAUGAUCCAGACACAGUAGAUGUCAUCAUGCAUAUGCUGGAUCGAGAUCAUGACCGAAGACUAGACUUUACUGAGUUUCUUCUGAUGGUAUUCAAACUGGCUAUGGCCUGCAACAAGGUUCUUGGAAAAGAAUACUGUAAAGCUUCAGGGUCAAAGAAGCAUAGACAUGGUCAUCAACAGCGAAAGGAAGAAAGUGAAACAGAAGAGGAAGAGGAGACACCGAAACAGAAAUCAGGUUUGAGACAUUCAAGUUGGAGUGAGGGAGAGGAGCAUGGACAUAGUUCUGGGAGCUCAUCAGGAACUGGAAAACGUAGACGUAGGUCCAACCCUAGGUGGCUGGAAAGGCAAGGUGAAUUCUCCAGCUCAGAGGAACUUAGGGAAAAACACCAUGGGUCUAUCUCUGGUCACUCUUGGAACAGUAACAAAGAGAGACAUGGUUCUAGCUCUGAAGAGUUAGAAGGAAAAAGAAACUCACAUGGUAGGUCCUCUAGUGAGUCUGGGGAAGAAUAUGAAUCUGGAUCUAGGUUAAACAGUCAGGGAAGAAAAGGUCAUAGUGGAUUGUCACAUGGACUGGAGAAGAACAAACAUAAAUCAAAUUCUACUCAGUCAAGAAAGGGUGAAGAACAAAAGCUUGGGCCUAGCUCUUCAAGUUCAGGAAAUAGUAAGGUACAAAGUCAUACAUGUGGUUACAGCAUUUCUGGUGGAUGUUGCAAGCCACAAAAUGCUUCAAGUUCUUGUCAGGCAAGUAGCUCUGGGGGGCAAGGAAAGCAAUCUUGCUGUACCCAGUCAAGAUGUCAGUCAGGAACUAGCAGAGGACAAGGCUAUGGAUGUGUCUCAGGAGGUCAGUCCUCUAGAUGUUGUCAACCUGAACAUAGAUCCUGUAGCCAGUCUUCUAGUCAGAGAGGGUAUGGAUCUAAACAAUGUGGUCAACCUCAGAACUGUGGAAGUCAGCAGAGGAUGGGCUCAUGUCAUUCAUCAUGCUGUGGGUCUGGAGCAACUCAAUCUUCUGGUUAUGAUCAACAUGGAACCAGGUCCUGUAGACACCCUUCAAGCUGUCAUCAAAAGGGAUGUAGUUCCAAUGAAUUUUCCAAGUAUGGCCAGCAUGGGUCUGGUUCAGGGAAGUCAACAUGCUGUGAACAACAUGGAACAAAUUCAAGGCAGUCUUCUGGCUUUGAACAACAUGGGCAUGGAUCAGGUCAGUCUUGCUGUGGACAACAUGGUACUACCUCAGGUCAAGCCUCAGGUUGUAGUCAACAUGGGUCUCACUUGGGUCAGUCAUCUGGUUUGGGGCAACAUGAGUCUGGUUGUGCUCAGUCUUCUAGCUCUGGGCAUCAUGGGUCUUGUUCUGGUCAGUCAUCUAGUUCUGGGAAUCAUGGGUCCAGUUCUGGUCAGUCAUCUAGCCCUUACCAUCAUGGGUCAUCAGGACCAGGUCAGUCACCUAGCUCUGGGCUUCAUGGGUCAGGAUCUGGUCAGUCUAAAACUUCUGGUCAGCAUGGGUCUCAUUAUGGUCAGUCAUCUAGCUCUGGGCGUCAUGGAUCCAGUUCUGGUCAGUCACCAAGUUCUGGGCAGCAUGAGUCUGGUUCAGGUGAGUCAUCUAGCUCUGGGCAUCAUGGGUCAAGUUCUCAUCAGAAAAAUAGCUCUUGGCCUCAAGGGUCUUCAGGCUCAAGUCAGUCAUCUAGCUCUAGUCAGCAUGAAGUUGGCACAAGUGAGUCAUCAGAGAAUGAGAAACAUGAGUCUGGUUCAGGUCAAUCAUCUAAAUCAUGGAAACAGAGGACUAGAUAUGGUCAGUCAUCUGGACCUGGUCAACAGGGGUCUGGAUAUGAGGAAUUUCAGCAUGGACAAUCAAAAUCAAAGUUUGAUGGAAAACAGGAAAAAUCACAGGAACACUCAAGAGACAGCAGGAGACAGAAUCAGAAUGAGCAAAAACAGCGCUCAAAAUCAGGAUCUGGGAGAAGUCCCAGAGGAGCACCUGUUCAUCCUGAGUCCAGUGAGGGUGAGGAACAUUCAGUAGUUUCCAGGAGACACUCAGGAUCCACUCAAGGUCAUGGUGGAGUUCAGCAUGGACAGUCUGGGUCCCCAGGUCAAGGACCACAGGCACAUCCGGAAAGGCAGUCUAGGGACAGCAGUAGACAGCCUCAGGCUGGACAUCAGCAGCCCUCACAUUCAGGUUCUGGGAGAAGUCCCAGAGGGGAACCUGUUCAGUCUGAGUCUAGUGAGGGUGAACAACAUUCAGUAGUUUCCAGGAGACACUCAAGAUCCACUCAAGGUCAUGGUAGAGUUCAGCAUGGACAGUCUGGUUCCCCAGGUCAAGGACCACAGGGACAUCCGGAAAGACAGUCUAGGGACAGCACUAGACAGCCUCAUUCUGGACAUCAGCAGCCCUCACAUUCAGGUUCUGGGAGAAGUCCCAGAGGGGAACCUGCUCAUUCUGAGUCUAGUGAGGGUGAGGAACAUUCAGUAGUUUCCAGGAGACACUCAGGAUCCACUCAAGGUCAUGGUGGAGUUCAGCAUGGACAGUCUGGGUCCCCAGGUCAAGGACCACAGGGACACCCGGAAAGACAGUCUAGGGACAGCAGUAGACAGCCUCAUUCUGGACAUCAGCAGCCCUCACAUUCAGGUUCUGGGAGAAGUCCCAGAGGGGAACCUGUUCAUCCUGAGUCCAGUGAGGGUGAACAACACUCAGUAGUUUCCAGGAGACACUCAGGAUCCACUCAAGGUCAUGGUGGAGUUCAGCAUGGAAAGUCUGGGUCCCCAGGUCAUGGACCACAGGGACACCCGGAAAGACAGUCUAGGGACAGCAGUAGACAGCCUAAUUCUGGACAUCAGCAGCCCUCACAUUCAGGUUCUGGGAGAAGUCCCAGAGGGGAACCUGUUCAUCCUGAGUCCAGUGAGGGUGAGGAACAUUCAGUAGUUUCCAGGAGACACUCAGGAUCCACUCAAGGUCAUGGUGGAGUUCAGCAUGGACAGUCUGGGUCCCCAGGUCAAGGACCACAGGCACAUCCAGAAAGGCAGUCUAGGGACAGCAGUAGACAGCCUCAGGCUGGACAUCAGCAGCCCUCACAUUCAGGUUCUGGGAGAAGUCCCAGAGGGGAACCUGUUCAGUCUGAGUCUAGUGAGGGUGAGGAACAUUCAGUAGUUUCCAGGAGACACUCAGGAUCCACUCAAGGUCAUGGUGGAGUUCAGCAUGGACAGUCUGGUUCCCCAGGUCAAGGACCACAGGGACACCCGGAAAGACAGUCUAGGGACAGCAGUAGACAGCCUAAUUCUGGACAUCAGCAGCCCUCAUAUUCAGGUUCUGGGAGAAGUCCCAGAAGGGAACCUGUUCAUCCUGAGUCCAGUGAGGGUGAACAACACUCAGUAGUUUCCAGGAGACACUCAGGAUCCACUCAAGGUCAUGGUGGAGUUCAGCAUGGACAGUCUGGGUCCCCAGGUCAAGGACCACAGGGACACCCGGAAAGACAGUCUAGGGACAGCAGUAGACAGCCUCAUUCUGGACAUCAGCAGCCCUCACAUUCAGGUUCUGGGAGAAGUCCCAGAGGGGAACCUGUUCAUUCUGAGUCUAGUGAGGGUGAGGAACAUUCAGUAGUUUCCAGGAGACACUCAGGAUCCACUCAAGGUCAUGGUGGAGUUCAGCAUGGACAGUCUGGGUCCCCAGGUCAUGGACCACAGGGACACCCGGAAAGGCAGUCUAGGGACAGCAGUAGACAGCCUCAGGCUGGACAUCAGCAGCCCUCACAUUCAGGUUCUGGGAGAAGUCCCAGAGGGGAACCUGUUCAUCCUGAGUCCAGUGAGGGUGAACAACACUCAGUAGUUUCCAGGAGACACUCAGGAUCCACUCAAGGUCAUGGUGGAGUUCAGCAUGGACAGUCUGGGUCCCCAGGUCAAGGACCACAGGCACAUCCAGAAAGACAGUCUAGGGACAGCAGUAGACAGCCUCAGGCUGGACAUCAGCAGCCCUCAUAUUCAGGUUCUGGGAGAAGUCCCAGAGGGGCACCUGUUCAGUCUGAGUCUAGUGAGGGUGAACAACAUUCAGUAGUUUCCAGGAGACACUCAAGAUCCACUCAAGGUCAUGGUGGAGUUCAGCAUGGACAGUCUGGGUCCCCAGGUCAAGGACCACAGGGACAUCCGGAAAGACAGUCUAGGGACAGCAGUAGACAGCCUCAGGCUGGACAUCAGCAGCCCUCACAUUCAGGUUCUGGGAGAAGUCCCAGAGGGGAACCUGUUCAUCCUGAGUCCAGUGAGGGUGAACAACACUCAGUAGUUUCCAGGAGACACUCAGGAUCCACUCAAGGUCAUGGUGGAGUUCAGCAUGGACAGUCUGGGUCCCCAGGUCAUGGACCACAGGGACAUCCGGAAAGGGAGUCUAGGGACAGCAGUAGACAGCCUCAGGCUGGACAUCAGCAGCCCUCACAUUCAGGUUCUGGGAGAAGUCCCAGAGGGGAACAUGUUCAUCCUGAGUCCAGUGAGGGUGAGGAACAUUCAGUAGUUUCCAGGAGACACUCAGGAUCCACUCAAGGUCAUGGUGGAGUUCAGCAUGGACAGUCUGGGUCCCCAGGUCAAGGACCACAGGGACAUCCGGAAAGACAGUCUAGGGACAGCAGUAGACAGCCUCAGGCUGGACAUCAGCAGCCCUCACAUUCAGGUUCUGGGAGAAGUCCCAGAGGAGAACCUGUUCAGUCUGAGUCUAGUGAGGGUGAACAACAUUCAGUAGUUUCCAGGAGACACUCAAGAUCCACUCAAGGUCAUGGUGGAGUUCAGCAUGGACAGUCUGGUUCCCCAGGUCAAGGACCACAGGGACAUCCGGAAAGACAGUCUAGGGACAGCAGUAGACAGCCUCAUUCUGGACAUCAGCAGCCCUCACAUUCAGUUUCUGGGAGAAGUCCCAGAGGGGAACCUGUUCAUCCUGAGUCCAGUGAGGGUGAACAACACUCAGUAGUUUCCAGGAGACACUCAGGAUCCACUCAAGGUCAUGGUGGAGUUCAGCAUGGACAGUCUGGGUCCCCAGGUCAAGGACCACAGGCACAUCCGGAAAGGCAGUCUAGGGACAGCAGUAGACAGCCUCAGGCUGGACAUCAGCAGCCCUCACAUUCAGGUUCUGGGAGAAGUCCCAGAGGGGAACCUGUUCAGUCUGAGUCUAGUGAGGGUGAACAACAUUCAGUAGUUUCCAGGAGACACUCAAGAUCCACUCAAGGUCAUGGUGGAGUUCAGCAUGGACAGUCUGGUUCCCCAGGUCAAGGAUCACAGGGAUAUCCGGAAAGACAGUCUAGGGACAGCAGUAGACAGCCUCAGGCUGGACAUCAGCAGCCCUCACAUUCAGGUUCUGGGAGAAGUCCCAGAGGGGAACCUGUUCAUUCUGAUUCUAGUGAGGGUGAGGAACAUUCAGUAGUUUCCAGGAGACACUCAGGAUCCACUCAAGGUCAUGGUGGAGUUCAGCAUGGACAGUCUGGGUCCCCAGGUCAUGGACCACAGGGACACCCGGAAAGGCAGUCUAGGGACAGCAGUAGACAGCCUCAGGCUGGACAUCAGCAGCCCUCACAUUCAGGUUCUGGGAGAAGUCCCAGAGGAGAACCUGUUCAUCCUGAGUCCAGUGAGGGUGAACAACACUCAGUAGUUUCCAGGAGACACUCAGGAUCCACUCAAGGUCAUGGUGGAGUUCAGCAUGGACAGUCUGGGUCCCCAGGUCAUGGACCACAGGGACAUCCGGAAAGGCAGUCUAGGGACAGCAGUAGACAGCCUCAGGCUGGACAUCAGCAGCCCUCACAUUCAGGUUCUGGGAGAAGUCCCAGAGGGGCACCUGUUCAGUCUGAGUCUAGUGAGGGUGAACAACAUUCAGUAGUUUCCAGGAGACACUCAGGAUCCACUCAAGGUCAUGGUGGAGUUCAGCAUGGACAGUCUGGAUCGCCAGGUCAAGGACCACAGGCACAUCCAGAAAGGCAGUCUAGGGACAGCAGUAGACAGCCUCAGGCUGGACAUCAGCAGCCCUCACAUUCAGUUUCUGGGAGAAGUCCCAGAGGAGAACCUGUUCAGUCUGAGUCUAGUGAGGGUGAACAACAUUCAGUAAUUUCCAGGAGACACUCAGGAUCCACUCAAGGUCAUGGUGGAGUUCAGCAUGGACAGUCUGGGUCCCCAGGUCAUGGACCACAGGGACAUCCGGAAAGGGAGUCUAGGGACAGCAGUAGACAGCCUCAGGCUGGACAUCAGCAGCCCUCACAUUCAGGUUCUGGGAGAAGUCCCAGAGGGGAACAUGUUCAUCCUGAGUCCAGUGAGGGUGAGGAACAUUCAGUAGUUUCCAGGAGACACUCAGGAUCCACUCAAGGUCAUGGUGGAGUUCAGCAUGGACAGUCUGGGUCCCCAGGUCAAGGACCACAGGGAUAUCCGGAAAGACAGUCUAGGGACAGCAGUAGACAGCCUCAGGCUGGACAUCAGCAGCCCUCACAUUCAGGUUCUGGGAGAAGUCCCAGAGGAGAACCUGUUCAGUCUGAGUCUAGUGAGGGUGAACAACAUUCAGUAGUUUCCAGGAGACACUCAAGAUCCACUCAAGGUCAUGGUGGAGUUCAGCAUGGACAGUCUGGUUCCCCAGGUCAAGGACCACAGGGACAUCCGGAAAGACAGUCUAGGGACAGCAGUAGACAGCCUCAUUCUGGACAUCAGCAGCCCUCACAUUCAGUUUCUGGGAGAAGUCCCAGAGGGGAACCUGUUCAUCCUGAGUCCAGUGAGGGUGAACAACACUCAGUAGUUUCCAGGAGACACUCAGGAUCCACUCAAGGUCAUGGUGGAGUUCAGCAUGGACAGUCUGGGUCCCCAGGUCAAGGACCACAGGCACAUCCGGAAAGGCAGUCUAGGGACAGCAGUAGACAGCCUCAGGCUGGACAUCAGCAGCCCUCACAUUCAGGUUCUGGGAGAAGUCCCAGAGGGGAACCUGUUCAGUCUGAGUCUAGUGAGGGUGAACAACAUUCAGUAGUUUCCAGGAGACACUCAAGAUCCACUCAAGGUCAUGGUGGAGUUCAGCAUGGACAGUCUGGUUCCCCAGGUCAAGGAUCACAGGGAUAUCCGGAAAGACAGUCUAGGGACAGCAGUAGACAGCCUCAGGCUGGACAUCAGCAGCCCUCACAUUCAGGUUCUGGGAGAAGUCCCAGAGGGGAACCUGUUCAUUCUGAGUCUAGUGAGGGUGAGGAACAUUCAGUAGUUUCCAGGAGACACUCAGGAUCCACUCAAGGUCAUGGUGGAGUUCAGCAUGGACAGUCUGGGUCCCCAGGUCAUGGACCACAGGGACACCCGGAAAGGCAGUCUAGGGACAGCAGUAGACAGCCUCAGGCUGGACAUCAGCAGCCCUCACAUUCAGGUUCUGGGAGAAGUCCCAGAGGAGAACCUGUUCAUCCUGAGUCCAGUGAGGGUGAACAACACUCAGUAGUUUCCAGGAGACACUCAGGAUCCACUCAAGGUCAUGGUGGAGUUCAGCAUGGACAGUCUGGGUCCCCAGGUCAUGGACCACAGGGACAUCCGGAAAGGCAGUCUAGGGACAGCAGUAGACAGCCUCAGGCUGGACAUCAGCAGCCCUCACAUUCAGGUUCUGGGAGAAGUCCCAGAGGGGCACCUGUUCAGUCUGAGUCUAGUGAGGGUGAACAACAUUCAGUAGUUUCCAGGAGACACUCAGGAUCCACUCAAGGUCAUGGUGGAGUUCAGCAUGGACAGUCUGGAUCGCCAGGUCAAGGACCACAGGCACAUCCAGAAAGGCAGUCUAGGGACAGCAGUAGACAGCCUCAGGCUGGACAUCAGCAGCCCUCACAUUCAGUUUCUGGGAGAAGUCCCAGAGGAGAACCUGUUCAGUCUGAGUCUAGUGAGGGUGAACAACAUUCAGUAGUUUCCAGGAGACACUCAAGAUCCACUCAAGGUCAUGGUGGAGUUCAGCAUGGACAGUCUGGUUCCCCAGGUCAAGUACCACAGGGACAUCCGGAAAGACAGUCUAGGGACAGCAGUAGACAGCCUCAUUCUGGACAUCAGCAGCCCUCACAUUCAGGUCCUGGGAGAAGUCCCAGAGGGGAACCUGUUCAGUCUGAGUCCAGUGAGGGUGAGGAACAUUCAGUAGUUUCCAGGAGACACUCAGGAUCCACUCAAGGUCAUGGUGGAGUUCAGCAUGGACAGUCUGGGUCCCCAGGUCAAGGACCACAGGGACAUCUAGAAAGACAGUCUAGGGACAGCAGUAGACAGCCUAAUUCUGGACAUCAGCAGCCCUCACAUUCAGGUUCUGGGAGAAGUCCCAGAGGGGAACCUGUUCAUCCUGAGUCCAGUGAGGGUGAACAACACUCAGUAGUUUCCAGGAGACACUCAGGAUCCACUCAAGGUCAUGGUGGAGUUCAGCUUGGGCAGUCUGGGUCCCCAGGUCAUGGACCACAGGGACACCCAGAAAGGCAGUCUAGGGACAGCACUAGACAGCCUCAUUCUGGACAUCAGCAGCCCUCACAUUCAGGUUCUGGGAGAAGUCCCAGAGGGGAACCUGUUCAUCCUGAGUCCAGUGAGGAUGAGGAACAUACAGUAGUUUCCAGGAGACACUCAGGAUCCACUCAAGUUCCUGGUGGAGUUCAGCAUGGACAGUCUGGGUCCCCAGGUCAAGGACCACAGGGACAUCCGUUAAGGCAAUCUAGGGACAGUAGUAGACAGCCUCAUUCUGGACAUCAGCAGCCCUCACAUUCAGGUUCUGGGAGAAGUCCCAGAGGGGCACCUGUUCAUCCUGAGUCCACUGAUGGUGAACAGCACUCAUCAGUUUCCAGGAGAUAUUCUCAAUCCUCUCAAGUUCAUGGUGGAGUUCAGCAUGGAGAUUCUGGGUCUCGAACUCAUGGAGGACAGAUGUCUCCCCAAAGGCCCUCUGGAACAAAGAGUUUUCAGUCAGCCAGUUCUAGACACCAGUAUGAUUCUAGUCAUCAUUGGAGACAUGGCAGCUAUGGCUGUGAGGCGUAUGACUAUGGCCAGUCAGGCUAUGGACCUUCUGGGGGCAGCAGAACUAGCAGCCGCAAUUCUAGUCCUCUGAGGUCAUCUCCUAGAUCUUGCAGUCCACGAAUGUCAACAUAUAGACAGUCUUUCUCUCUUUCUCACCAUGCUGGAGCCAAAGGACAUGAAGGAAUGGGAGGGCUGGUUUUAAAAUACAGAGAGUCGGACACUAAUCCUGGGCAUUCCCUUGACCCCUACAAUCUUACUGAUUAUAGCGCAACUGGAAAUGUUGUGUCUCAUCAUCCCCGAUCCCCAGUAACACUUGAACAUUUACAUGACUCUGAUACUAAAUAUGGAUAUAGUAUAAAAGGAAAACAAGAAACUACUCUAAGCCAGCCAAUUGACCAAUCUGGUUUCGGCCAUAGUCAAUAUACAUCAUUUCAGGAACAUUCAGAAUCCAAUUCAAUUGGAAAUCAAUCUGGAUUCGGCACCAAUAAAAGGCAAGUGUAUAGCCAUGGCCAAUCAAGUGACAGCUACCAGCUGUCAGGUGACAGCAGAUACGCAAAUCCAAGAUCUUCUCCCAAUAACUCUCUUCAGAGCCUAUACUCUAUGGGAACUGAAGAGUGUAAAUAUUUACCAAGUGUAACCGCAUUUGGUGAGGGAAGACUAGGACAGGAGCCAGGUUAUCAUCCAUCAGGGACCAUCAGAAAAUAUAGUCAAUAUGUAGAUGACAACGAGACAAGAGACUCUGAAUCCAGCCAUUACCAGGAAAAGAGGGAAAUGAACUUAGGUUCUGCCUACGUAGAUAGCAACACUCCACUGUACACAUAUGUCCAAGAACAAAGAUACCAUUAUUUUUAUUGAGAAGCCAGUAUAAAAUAUGUUAAACCAAGAUAAGAACUAAAUCAAAGAAAAAAGUAGAUGCACAUAAGAUAAUAAAACAUUAAACAUGAUUCCUCAUUUUGGCAGUAGGUGGUAUAUUCUUUCAUAUUAACUGUACUACUAUUUUGAUGUUGUUUGGUGAAAGAUCUUUUUGUAGGACUCCAUAGACACUGAGCUUCUUGGACAGAAGAAAGUAAACAAAGUAAAAAGUACUGGAACUGUAUUCAGAAAUACAAGAUUAAAAUGUAUGAUUUUGGUGUUUGGGAAUUAAAACGAAUAUUUAAAACUUCUCUAAGAUAAGCAUUUGGGUUUUCCACAUGCUGUUGAAAUUUUUUGAUUAAAAACUUAUCCAAGAAGCAAAGGACA